AUGUCUAAAACACGUGUCUGCUAUUAUUACCACCCAGAUGUUGGCAAAUUUCAUUACGGUCCUCGGCAUCCAAUGAAGCCUCAACGAUUGGCAGCUUUGCAUAGUCUCGUUGUGAAUUACAAUUUACAUGAAGAAAUGCGUGUAAUCGUUCCAUCGCGGGCCUCUGCCAUUGAAGUUGAACGUUUCCAUUCCAAGGAAUAUAUCGAGUUUCUUCAACGCAUAUCUCCUCGCACUGCAAGCCAAUAUGAGCAUCUUUUUCCGAAGUUCAAUAUUGGUGAAGAUUGUCCGGUAUUCGAUGGAAUUUUCGAAUUUUGUUCUCUAUAUACCGGUGCUACUUUAACUGCAACUCUUCUCAAUCAUGGAUUAACCGAUAUAGCCAUUAAUUGGAGUGGUGGCUUACACCAUGCCAAGAAACGAGAAGCUUCAGGAUUUUGUUACGUCAAUGAUAUUGUGAUCGGUAUUCUGGAACUUCUCAAGUACCAUCCUCGAGUGAUGUAUAUUGAUAUCGAUAUUCAUCACGGUGAUGGUGUGCAAGAAGCAUUUUAUUUAACUGAUAGAGUAAUGACUGUGUCUUUUCACAAGUAUGGCGGAGGUUUUUUCCCCGCAACAGGAGAUAUGUAUGAAAUUGGUCAAGGUUAUGGUCGUUACUUCGCAGUUAAUGUACCUAUGUGUCAAGGAAUGGAUGAUGAAAACUAUCAUUCGUUAUUUAAACCGAUCAUUAGCACUGCAGUUGAAUGUUACAAGCCGACAGCAAUUGUUCUUCAGUGUGGUGCUGAUUCUUUGGGUUGUGAUCGUUUGGGAUGUUUUAAUCUGAGUUUCUCUGGGCAUGGAGAAUGUGUGAAUUUCGUUAAAAAUUUGGGUAUUCCAAUGCUAGUUGUUGGUGGAGGAGGUUACACUCUCCGUAACGUUGCUAGAUGUUGGGCAUAUGAAACUGCUAUCCUUGUUGGAAAACCUGAUAUUAGCGACGAUAUACCAGUCACUACAGAAUACUUUAAUUUUUUCGCUCCUGAAUUUAAAUUGAAACCAGAGUUGGCGAAGAAAUUAGAUAACCAAAACUCAAAGGAGUACAUCACUGCAAUAAAACAAGAUACACUAGAGCGACUACGGCAGAUUCGUAAUGCCCCGGCGGUUCAGAUGUUUCCUAUUCCAGAUGAUAUUUUUGAUGCGCAGACUGUAUGA